AUUACUGAUUUCGAUGUGUUUCUUUAUUCCUACAUUCAAAUCAAAGUCACAUUCAAUCUACAAUAAAGAAAUAGAAGCUGCACUUCAAGCCAGUCUUUGGGGGAAAUAUUGACGAAACAUUUGAUCAGCUUGAGAGUUACAGGACAUGGACACUUCAUUUUCUUCAACUAGCACUCUGGAUAGACAUACAGAGUUGUCCUUGAGUGCUUUUCAGUCAAGAAAAAAAUAUAAUGAGGACUCAUGUUGUUGCUUUCUCCUUCGAUGGUGAAGAGGUUUGGAUGAAUUCUACUAGUUUUGAAUCUUUUAACACUAUGGUUUUGCAUCCAAAUCAGACUGAGCUGAUAUCUGAUGAUCAAAAUGGAAAUAUUCUUGUAUGGGACUUGAUUGCAAACUGUCAUUACAAGAUGGAAGAUGGAGUUAUAGAUGUUUAUGCAAGUGAAAAGGAUUCUGUUGAUCUCUUUCGUGUUGCAAGCAGUGCAACAACUAUUUUCAUUGACAUGCAUCACAUUCUCAAAAUAAUCUCUGUUGGAAAUGUUCAUUCUGCAUGCUAUCAUCGAUUUAGAUUUCUUGAAGAGGUGUGGUACUUGUUAACUUGGGCAUGCUAA